AUGCUGUCUACAAGUCCAAUUCUGAAGCUGGCUGAUUUGGAGGCUGAUUUUAUACUACAUACUGCUGCUUCAGACCAUGGUAUCGGAGCAGUCCUUCUGCAGGACGAGGAUAGUGAACUCUUUCCGGUUGCUUAUGCCAGCAGAAAGCUCAAGGGAGCGGAAAAAGCCUAUGCUGUUAUUGAGAAAGAAUGUUUGGCAGUGGUCUGGGGAAUUUUUGAGUUUGAAAGCUAUCUCUAUGGACGCAAAUUCAUCAUCGAAACCGACCAUCAGCCAUUGGUUUAUCUAAACAAACUGAAAGGAACCAAUGCCCGACUGAUGAGAUGGGCCUUACUUAUGCAACCAAAUCGAGUUCAGAUACGCGCUAUUCGCGGGAAGGACAAUUUUAUAAUCCGGAUAUUGAUUUAUCCGCCUUCGUUCGAUAUUUAUAAUCUACCCUGUACACUUCCUGUUUUGGAAACGGGACUCCAAGGUGUAAACAAGUGUCCCGUCGACAGGAGUCCAGUCUGUCGUUUCUGUGUCGAUAUCGGAAGUUCACAGGAAGGCGGCCCUUCCCCGGAACUCGACGAACACCUACAGGAGUGUCCAAUAUGUCUGGAGCGAUUUCGACAACCCAAGUCCUUACCCUGCCUCCACACUUUCUGUCAGGAAUGCCUCGAGACCUUCAUCGUCAAGGAACUGUCUGGAAAAAUGGCGUCGGCAACAUCGUUCCCUUGUCCUGUCUGUAGGAGAAUGACUCAGACCGUCAAUCAAACGGAAGCUAAGGACAAAUGGGCAGCACAGUUCCCGACUAAUGCUGUGAUCCAGGACCUUAUCAAGCUUAAGGAACAUUCGUCUGAACCACUGUACUGUAAGCCUUGUCAGACAAGAGGUAACCUGACCAAUCUAGCGAAGUUCUGGUGCAAGUCGAUGAACGCAAAUUUCUGUGAGACUUGUAAGGUACAACAUCAUGAUAUCAUACACACUGAUUGUGAUAUCUUAGAUAUCACCGGAUACGAUAGUAGGGGAACAAAACAGGACAGGUCAGCCCCAAAAUGUGACCAACACGACGAGAAAUUGAUUUGGUACUGUGAAGACCACAAACGUCUUGGAUGCAACAUUUGUAUGAUCAAAGACCACAGACGUUGUGAUGAGGUGAGAACAGCAAUGGAAUAUUUACAGAAGUUGAAAGCCGGUUCACAACUAGAAGAGAUGGAGAUGGCACUGAAGAAAGGAGUACAGACCAUGACGUCAUUGGUGAAAGAUUUUGACGAGCAGAUCCAAACCAUGGUCCAAAAUCAGGAAAUCGGACUGCAAAGCAUCAAAGAUCUUCGCCAAAGUGUCGAAGAACAGCUGAACAAACUUCAGAAUGACGUCACUGACAAGUUAAUUACAUUGUUUAAAGAGGAAAAGAGAAAUAUGGAGGCCUCGUUAAGACACGGUGAACGUCUGAUGAACAGUAUGCUUAAUACCAUGAAGUCGUCCGUUACAGCCGCAGAGGAAAACAACACUAUUGAGGCGAUAGUGUUGUAUCAGAGAGGACAGGUAGAAGUGGAGUCGUGUAAGGCCCUGGUCACGGAGAUGAGCACGUCCUUCAUGUCCGUCACCAUUAACCAUCAUAUUGAUCCCAGACUGGUAACCCUUAGCGAUGAGGCGAUGGGGAAGAUCGUAAUCGAGAGACAACGACGUCGUUUUCCUGGUGAUCUUGAUUACCUCACCGUACCUUUGUCAGAGCGUCGUGUGAAAGAAAUAGGGAAGUUUAACGUAAAGACUCCGUCAGAUGAAUAUCCUUGUUGGAUAGUUGGAGUUGAGUACCUCCCAGAUGAACAGAUAGUACUUAGUGAUACCAACAACAAGAAGCUUAAGUUGUUUACAGACAAAGGACAGUACCUGGACGAGUUGAUCAUGAGGGGAGAUCCCUUGGACCUGUGUCUAGUAAACAACAAUACCGUGGCGGUCGCUGUUAACAGUCCUGGUGGUGUCCGUGUCGUGAAAGUCGAGGACUCAAAACUCUCCCUGACGUCUGAGAUCAGUAUGUCUAAUGGUGAAACCUGUUAUGGUAUAACACAUAGAAACGGGAGGUUUAUCGUGAGUACAUAUGGAGGAGAGGUAUACAGUGUGACUCAGGACGGAACGACUGAGUUGUUACACAAGUAUAACAAUACCUGUUAUUGCCUCACACAAUGUCCAAUAAAGGGAGACAGACUCGUCAGUGUCAGUAACAACACCAAGGGGGACAUCGCGGUGUCCAGACUGACGGCUGACAAACGUCACACGAUUGUGAUGAAGGUCGGUGUCGUGAGGGGUGCUAGGGGAAUAGACGUGGACAGGGAGGGUAACAUCUACGUGUGUGGUAAAGAUUCACACAACGUCGUACAGAUGUCUUGGGACGGGACACACUUUAGGGAACUGCUGAUGUCAUCAGAUGGAAUGAAAUAUCCAUAUGCAAUAUCUGUUCGCGGUGACACGUUUGUGGUCCAUUCUUGGGGUUCAACAGACCAGGAUUGUUAUAUCCGAGUCUUCCAACUCUACUAAACAUAUAGCACAGAAAUAUAGUAUUACAUGAUGUAAAUAAGAUAGUGAAGGAUAUACUUGUCUCUAAAUAUCAUAACUAUA